AUGAACUUCUUUAAACGCAAACGAAAUUCCAAUGAUCAGGAGCAGAUCGAUGCAGAAAGAGAGCCUAAAAAGCUGAGAACUGUUGUUUCACUUGUGAGGAAAGUUGGGAACAACGUAAAACAGAAGUUGAAUGUGGCUCUGAAGGCACUAACGUCAAGAACGUAUUCACAGGAUGUAAAGUCAGUCUUAUUCACCACCCCUGUGGGUCCACUGAGGUCCGCUAGAUAUAUCAUGACACCAGCAGUUCCAUUUAGUGCUGCAAAGUCAUCGCUUGAAUGGCGGAACCAUUCUUAUUAUGUGUUAGACAGCACCAUCAAUGUUACAGAGAGCCAUCAUCAUGAGUUUAAAACUGGAGGAGGAAGCUACCCAAUUACAAUACUACCAGAGCAUAUUCAGAAGUAUGGAAGUGCUUUUUUGAACACAGAUGGAGGUGUACUCAUUGCAGGAGUCCUUGACAAUGGUGCUGUUCGUGGUGUUUAUUGCUCACCAAGAAUGCAAACUAACAUCAGAGCCACUGUCAGCCAAGAAUUUGAGAAGUUUAUUCCCUUUGUGGAUCAUUCUUUAUACAGGGUGAAAUUUGUACCUGUAAUUUAUCAGCCAACGCUACAAGAAAGACGAAAGGGAUGGUAUACCUACGUAGCAGAUGUCUUUGUGAUAGAGAUUUCUGUUAAGGCUGGUGUUAAAGGUGAAUUGUAUGAGACCAGGAAAAAUCAGGUGUUCAUUCGCCGUGAAAGCAGUGUCCAAGGACCAUUGAACCCUCUGCAGAUUAAGGAUAUUGUUAUGUCUAAAUAUCGUGAGGUUAUUGAGCAAAGAAGAAUGGAAGCUGCCUUAGCUAAGGAUCAAGAGUCAACUAGUAAAAAAAUUUUCAGACAAAAUAGAAAUGUUAUUGUAGUUUCUCCUUAA